CCACCAGCUGUAGUGGUGGACGAGGCGCCGGUCGUAGUGGUGGACGAGACCCCCGUGGUAGUCGUUGAGGAGGCCCCGGUCGUGGUGGUGGACGAGACUCCCGUGGUGGUUGUCGAGGAGGCCCCGGUCGUGGUGGUGGACGAGGCUCCCGUGGUGGUUGUCGAGGAGGCGCCGGUCGUGGUGGUGGAUGAAGCCCCCGUGGUAGUCGUCGAGGAGGCGCCGGUCGUGGUGGUGGACGAGACCCCCGUGGUAGUCGUCGAGGAGGCCCCGGUCGUGGUGGUGGACGAGGCUCCCGUGGUGGUCGUCGAAGAGGCCCCGGUCGUGGUGGUGGAUGAGGCUCCCGUGGUAGUGGUUGAAGAGGCUCCCGUGGUGGUCGUCGACGAGGCGCCGGUCGUGGUGGUGGACGAGGCUCCCGUGGUGGUCGUCGAAGAGGCACCGGUCGUGGUGGUGGACGAGGCUCCCGUGGUGGUCGUCGAAGAGGCACCAGUCGUGGUGGUGGAGGAGGCCCCCGUGGUGGUCGUCGAGGAGGCGCCGGUUGUGGUCGUCGAGGGGGCCCCGGUCGUGGUGGUGGACGAGGCUCCCGUGGUGGUUGUCGAAGAGGCGCCGGUCGUGGUGGUGGACGAGGCGCCGGUCGUGGUGGUGGACGAGGCCCCGGUCGUGGUGGUGGACGACGCUCCCGUGGUAGUUGUUGAGGAGGCCCCGCUUGUGGUGGUGGACGAGGCCCCGGUCGUGGUGGUGGACGAGGCCCCCGUGGUAGUGGUUGAAGAGGCUCCUGUGGUAGUCGUCGAGGAGGCCCCGGUCGUGGUGGUGGACGAAGCCCCCGUGGUAGUCGUCGAGGAGGCGCCGGUCGUGGUGGUGGACGAGACCCCCGUGGUAGUCGUCGAGGAGGCCCCGGUCGUGGUGGUAGAGGAGGCCCCCGUGGUGGUCGUCGAGGAGGCGCCGGUUGUGGUCGUUGAGGAGGCGCCGGUCGUGGUGGUGGACGAGGCUCCCGUGGUGGUUGUCGAAGAGGCGCCGGUCGUGGUGGUGGACGAGGCCCCGGUCGUGGUGGUGGACGACGCUCCCGUGGUAGUUGUUGAGGAGGCCCCGCUUGUGGUGGUGGACGAGGCCCCGGUUGUGGUGGUGGACGAGGCCCCCGUGGUGGUGGUGGACGAGGCCCCCGUGGUGGUGGUGGACGAGGCCCCCGUGGUAGUCGUCGAGGAGGCUCCCGUGGUAGUGGUUGAAGAGGCCCCUGUGGUAGUCGUCGAGGAGGCCCCUGUGGUAGUCGUCGAGGAGGCCCCGGUUGUGGUGGUGGACGAGGCCCCAGUCGUGGUGGUGGACGAGGCCCCGGUCGUGGUGGUGGACGAGGCCCCCGUGGUAGUGGUUGAAGAGGCUCCUGUGGUAGUCGUCGAGGCUCCCGUGGUGGUCGUCGAGGAGGCUCCGGUCGUGGUGGUGGACGAGGCUCCCGUGGUGGUCGUCGAAGAGGCGCCGGGCGUCGUUGAGGAGGCGCCGGUCGUGGUGGUGGAUGAGGCUCCCGUGGUGGUCGUCGAGGAGGCCCCGGUCGUGGUGGUGGACGAGGCUCCCGUGGUGGUCGUCGAGGAGGCGCCGGUCGUGGUGGUGGACGGGGCUCCCGUGGUGGUCGUCGAAGAGGCGCCAGUCGUGGUGGUGGACGAGGCUCCCGUGGUGGUCGUCGAAGAGGCUCCUGUAGUGGUUGUUGAGGAGGUGCUGGUCGUGGUGGUGGACGAGGCUCCCGUGGUGGUCGUCGAGGAGUCCCCGGUCGUGGUGGUGGAUGAGGCUCCCGUGGUGGUCGUCGAGGAGGCGCCGGUCGUGGUGGUGGACGGGGCUCCCGUGGUAGUCGUCGAGGAGGCCCCGGUCGUGGUGGUGGACGAGGCUCCCGUGGUGGUCGUCGAAGAGGCGCCGGUCGUGGUGGUGGACGAAGCCCCCGUGGUAGUCGUUGAGGAGGCGCCGGUCGUGGCGGUGGAUGAGGCUCCCGUGGUGGUCGUCAAGGAGGCGCCGGUCGUGGUGGUGGACGGGGCUCCCGUGGUGGUCGUCGAAGAGGCGCCGGUCGUGGUAGUGGACGAGACCCCCGUGGUAGUCGUCGAGGAGGCCCCGGUCGUGGUGGUGGACGAGGCUCCCAUGGUGGUCGUCGAAGAGGCGCCGGUCGUGGUGGUGGACGAAGCCCCCGUGGUAGUCGUUGAGGAGGCGCCGGUCGUGGUGGUGGAUGAGGCUCCCGUGGUGGUC